CAUUUGUGCUCCAUCUAAUAAUAAGAAGCAGAUCGCAAAUCAAACUGUGCUCUUCCAUCCCUGCAGACUGACUUUCAAACACAACCUUUAGUUAUAAAUGGACCCAGAUUCACGCGCGGGACUUAACCCGGCCGUCUGUGAAUAAAAUCGCGAGUGUUUAGUAUUCCCCUGCAGGUCUGAAUUUCUGUUAACUAAAGUUGCUUCGCAGACUGAGCUGAAUGGGUGAAAUGCAUUUUUUAUCGGGCCUAAUAAAUUCUUGAUGUGGAAACGCUCUGUACUGAUCACUGUCGAGAGCUUCUAUUGGCUCGCCCAACCAAUUAUUCCUCCGUGAUUCUGCUGCAGGACUUCAUCGGCCUCGCUCCCUCAAUCAUAUGCAAAUGGCUGUUAUAGGAGGGCAGAAAUUAACAUCUACAAACAUUGGACCGAAAUUCCAUCUGCCGCCUCUUAGGAGGAGGAGGCCCUUAAUAAGUUCUCAGACAGCAAAGUGACACACAUCUUAAUCAACUCUUAAUCCCAGGAAUUAAUUCUCAACGCGUUUAUGAAUAAUUCCCGGGCUAAUGCCUGCUGUCCGUGGAAAUGCAAGCACGCCGCCGCGCGCACUGCCAGAUGGACCGCCAGAACUGCAGAAAUGAGAGGAUUCCACUUUUUCACAAGUAUUUAUUGUAUUAUCGUCAGCAGAUAUAUGCUUUGAGCUCGAUGUCACCAGGCUGCUACUCAUGCAAAGCGCUUCUGCUCAUGCAAACUGUUGAUUUGCGUUUACUUCCUAGCAGGACCCCCGCCCGCCUCCUCCAGAUUACCCGUGUUUUAGGCUUUGUUUCAAAGCUGAGGUAGAGGUUCGAGUGUGCUCCAGGAAAGAGCCGCGGUCCGUGUUAGAAAGCAGAGGUAAGAUCCGUGAAAAAGUCUGCUCAGCUCAGUGGUUCGGUCACGGGAGGCUGUGCGGUCAGUGAUUAGUCACACUGUCAGCUGCUGAGGCCCGGCCUGCUCGUUAGCUCGGUGAUAGUUUGUUGGACAUACUGAGCAGGGAGGGAGGAUGAGGGCUUUUGAUUUUACAAAUAUAAUCGAGCCCUUCAUGAGAAAGUGUGUGUGUGUGUGUGCUGGUGGGUGGGGUUGUGGCACGUUGUUUUGGACAAAAUGACUGGCUUGCAUCACCCGCACUCGCCCUCACUGCCGAGCCAGCCGGCCUCUCGGGCCUCUCAGCACCACAUUGACAGCAGGCCCCGCGUCCAUCCAUCACUGCCACGGCAGAUAUAGUGCCCCAAACUAGCUCACUGUCAUUUCUGGCCAAAAUACCGGACCUUGCUGAUACUAAACCUGGGCGGCUGUUGCUCUGUCGAGUUCAUCGCCGUUUAAGUGGCGUCUGUGGAGGGCUGUUAGCUUUAAAACAGAGAAGUGGCUCAACAACAAUCCAGCGCAAAGAGCCUGGUUAUGGAUUUUAACCUUCUGACGGACGGUGAUCCCCGCAGCCCGGCGCUGUCGCUCUCAGACUCCGGGACCCCGCAGCAUGACCCGGGAUGUAAAGGCCUGGACCAGAGCGACACAGAGAAAUCCCAGCAGAACCAGCUGGACGAGUCCAGCGCCGAGGAUGGCUCUCUGAAGAAGAAGCAGCGGCGGCAGAGAACACACUUCACUAGCCAGCAGCUGCAGGAACUGGAGGCCACCUUUCAGAGGAACCGCUACCCUGACAUGAGCACCAGAGAGGAGAUUGCAGUAUGGACCAACCUCACCGAGGCUCGGGUCAGGGUAUGGUUCAAGAACCGGCGUGCCAAGUGGAGAAAGCGCGAGAGGAACCAGCAGGCAGAGUUAUGCAAAAAUGGCUUCGGUGCCCAAUUCAAUGGACUCAUGCAGCCCUAUGAUGACAUGUACACGGGUUAUUCCUACAACAACUGGGCUACCAAGAGCCUAGCAGCAAGCAGCCCACUCUCUGCCAAGAGCUUCCCAUUCUUUAACUCAAUGAAUGUAAGCCCCCUGUCAUCCCAGCCCAUGUUCUCCCCACCAAGCACCAUCCCCUCCAUGAACAUGGCCUCUAGCAUGGUGCCCACAGCAGUAGCUGGAGUUCCUGCUACGAGCCUCAACAACCUGGGCAAUCUCAACAACCUCAACAGUCCCUCAGCACUCAACUCGGUAGCAGUGACCGCAGCCACCUGCCCCUACGCCACCACAGCCAGUCCCUACAUGUACAGAGACACCUGUAACUCCAGUCUGGCCAGCCUGCGGCUCAAGGCCAAGCAGCACACCAAUUUCGCCUAUCCAGCAGUGCAGAACCCCGUGUCCAACUUGAGCCCCUGUCAAUAUGCUGUGGACCGGCCAGUAUGAACUAGAAACUCUGACUCAGUCAACCAGCUGUAAACUCACUGCUACCCCACUUCACAUCUCCUUAGUUCCAUCUGUAAUGUGGCCGAUGCACAGCAGACUGCCAGCUUGUGUGUUCAUGGUACACAAUAAGAGUUAUCUCCACAACUGACACAACAAAUAGACAUGUUCAGAUGGACCACUGCGCUUUGUCGCUGAACUGACCAACUGCUUCAAAUGAUUUUUAAAUAUUAUUGUUCCUUUUCAUUUUUGCCUUCUUUUGAACUGCAUGAUUAGAAUAAAUGUAGAAACCAAGGCUAAAGAAAACAAAGAUGCUGCAACUGGACUGCUGCUGGCCCACAAAACCCUUUGAGCUGCAGUCUUCGCUGCAACGACAACUGGAAGAUGUAUAUAGUUGAAUUUUUCUGUUUGUUUUGUAUGUGAAAAAUACAUCAAAUGUAGUACGGAUGACAGGAGCAUGUUCUACAAAUACAAAGGCCUAGUUUGAUGUUCUAUGAGCACAUUCUUUAAGAACUUUAUUGUGAAUUCCUCGACCGUUGAAGGAUCAUAGGUCAAAGGUCGGCUUGGAGAGGUGACAGGUUAGUCCUGAAAUACGAGCACAACCUCGAAUUUAAACAAACAAACACACACACAUGCACCAGAAUGAGCAAGAAGUUUCAAGUAAAUAUAAAAAGCCAUUGAGUAUAUAGAUUUGUGUGGUGUUAUACAAAGAAAGUCCAUGACUGUAAACAUGUAUGUAAGAGUGCAGUUGUUAUAACAAAAAACCAAACAAAAAACAAGCGAGCUUUCUUCCUGGUGUAGCCUGCUUUGUCUCAUUCAUGAACCAAUUAAAGGAUCCGAUUC